AUGGAUCGAGCUUCAUUAUUUCAUAGGUAUGCUUAUGAGAGUGACAGUAUGUGCAUAUCACAACUUAGGAUGAAUAGAGGGUGUUUCAAAAAGUUAUGUGAUAUGUUGGAAACGUUAGGAGGAUUACGAGCGAGUAGGCAUAUGGGUAUUGAUGAACAAGUUGUUAUUUUCCUUCAUAUUAUGGCUCAUAAUGUUAAAAUUCGAGUUAUCACAUGUCGUUUUCAUCGUUCGGGAGAAACAAUCAGUAGACUAUUUACUCGAGUUUGCAAUGCGGUGAUAAGAUUGCAUUCAUAUUUGCUUAAAAAACCCGAACCCAUUCAAGAGGAUUCUACCGAUGGAAGAUGGAAGUGGUUCAAGAAUUGUCUAGGAGCUUUAGAURGAACAUACAUAAGGUGCUUAGUGCCACUCGAAGACAAGGCUCGAUACAGAACAAGAAAGAAUGAAAUUGCUACAAAUGUGUUAGGGGUCUGUUCACAAGAUAUGCAAUUUAUUUAUGUGUUACCCGGAUGGGAGGGGUCAGCGGCUGAUGGUAGAGUGCUUCGAGACGCUCUUCUUAGGCCACAUGGGUUAAAGGUACCGAGGCCAUAUUAUUACCUGGUAGAUGCCGGAUACACAAAUGGUGAGGGUUUCCUCGCCCCAUAUAGAGGUAAAAGAUAUCACUUAAAUGAUUGGCGGGAUGGAUACCAACCAACCACGCCAAAAGAACUUUUUAACAUGAGACAUUCCUCUGCAAGAAAUGUCAUAGAAAGAUGUUUUGGCAUUUUAAAGGCAAGAUGGGGAAUUUUAAAAGAUAACWYGUACUAUCACGCUGAACUGAAAAACAAGAUCAUAAUGGCAUGUUGUCUACUUCAUAAUCAUAUCAGGCGAGAGAUGCCAAAUGAUCCGUUUGAGAACGUUGGGUUAGAUGAAACAACCGAAGAUGAUGGAGAACAAGACGUGGAUAAUGUCACUUCUGUUGGGACAUCAACUGAGUGGACUGCAUUUAGRAAUAAUUUGGCACAACAUAUGUUUGAGGCUUGGAAUGCUACGCAUUGA